AUGGUGGCCGCCGAUGCGCGUCGCGCGGAGCCGCCCGCGAGCUCGUCGCGCGUGGAGGUGGUGGGCGUGAGCAGAUCCAAGGUGGCGACGGCCCGCAGCGAGCGCACGCCGCUGCUGCCCAAGCCGGAGGAGGAGAUUUACCCGCUGCCGUGGUUCCGCAGCCCCGAGUGGACCCGGCGGCCGCCGCCCGCGAGGAACCCUGGCCGCCGCCGACAAGGAGCGAGCGCCGGCAAGAGGGCCUCCGCGUGUCCGCCUGCGCUGCUGUGCUGCUACAGCUCGUCCGCGUCGGACGCCGGCUCCGAGUCGGACGUGGAGCUGGGCUACCUCGUGCGGAGACCGGCGAACGCGAGCGAGGCCGACGACGAGGCCGACAGCUUCAAGCAGUGCAUCCAGUUCCUCGUGGGGCUCAUCGUGAUCAUGGCCAUGGCGCUGAUCCUGCUCAUCAUCUUCCAGCCCAAGCCCGACAGCUCGCGUUGA